AUGGAAAGCAACCAAACUAAGCAAUUGGAGAACAUCGUUCACGUUAAUGGAGGAGAUGGUAUUCACAGUUAUGCUCGUAACUCUUCCCUCCAGAGAACGGUGAUAAAAAGGGUAAAACCAAUAUUAGAGGACACAGUAAAAGCUUUCUAUACAAAAUCUUUGUACGAUAAAUUUGCCAUUGUGGACAUGGGUUGCUCAUCAGGACCUAAUGCCCUAGAAGCCAUUUCUAUAAUCAUCAACAAAAUUUUUACUCUGUCCAAAGAAAAAGGGCAAACUUUUCCUGAGCUCCUGGUGUUUCUCAAUGAUCUUCCUGGUAAUGAUUUUAACAAUAUCUUUAAAUCACUACCUCAAUUUUAUAAGAAGCUCAAGGAACAGACAGGCUUGGAUUUGGGAACUUGUUUCAUAUCAGGCAUGCCAGGAACUUUUUAUGGGAGAUUAUUUCCCAUUGAAACCUUGGAUUUUGUCCAUUCAUCUUGUAGCCUACAUUGGCUUUCUCAGGUUCCAGAAGGAAUUGAGAAUAACAAAGGAAAUAUCUACAUAUCAAAGACAAGCCCAAAGAAUGUGUUUGAAGCAUAUUUGGAUCAAUUUCAAAAGGAUUUUUCAUUAUUUCUAUGUUGUCGAGCAAAGGAACUCAAAUCAAAAGGUCAGAUGAUUUUAACUUUACUUGGAAGAAGCACUUCUGAUCCAGCCUGCAAUGAUUGCAUCCAGUUCUGGUAUCUAUUGGCUCAAUCUCUUCUUGAGAUAUCAAGAGAAGGACUUAUUGAAGAGGCUAAUGUGGAUUCCUUCAACAUACCUUUCUAUACUCCUUUUAGUGGAGAAGUGACAGACAUAGUUGGAAAGGAGGGUUCUUUUAAAAUUAAUAACCUGAAAACCUUUGAAUUGAAUUGGGAUUCAAAUGGCAAUGAUGAAAACCAGGAUUAUGCCUUUGACAUGAAGGCAAGUGGAGAAUUUGUGGCCUGUUGUGUAAGAGCUGCCUCAGAAUCCACCCUUGCUAGCCAUUUUGGAGAGGCCAUAAUUGAUGAAUUAUUCUUAAGGUACGCAAGAAAUGUUGGUGAUCAUUUGUCAAAGGAAAAGACCAAAUAUAUCUUAUUGGUUAUUUCCAUGUCCAAGAAGUCAUAAAAAUUAUACAUAUGGGUUUUGCUUUUGAUGAGUUUUGGAAGGCAACUAGAGCUUACCUUCUUUGUGCCAGAUUCUUCCACUAGACGAUAUGGCUCUUUUGAAUGUUAAACCGUCUUUCUUCUU